UGUCUAGAGAAAACGAUGUAAGGGGUCUUACUACUUGUUAUAUCCAGACGAUCGUGAAGCAACGCAUGCAUCCCCUUUUCGAUUGAUAAUGGCACCGAAACGCAUUCUAGUAAUUGCUGGCUCGGACAGUUCGGGUGGGGCCGGACUAGAAGCAGAUCAGAAAGUCAUUGCAGCGCAUGGCUGCUAUGCUAUGACGGCCACGACUGCUUUGACAGCCCAAAACACCCUAGGCGUCCAGGACAUACACCAUACCCCGCCGGACUUUGUGCGGAAGCAGAUCGAUGCUGUCUGUGAAGAUGUGGGCGUGGAUGUGGUCAAGACAGGCAUGCUUGCAUCUGCCGAGACCAUUAUGGUCGCUGCGGAUGCUUUGAAGAGACAUGAGAUCAACACCAGUAUCGUUGAUCCUGUAAUGGUGUCAACAUCUGGCUCACAGCUCCUUCCCGAAACAGCCAUCGAAACCCUGAUUCAAUAUCUUCUGCCUCACACAACGCUUCUCACACCGAACCUUCCUGAGGCUCGCUUGCUUCUCCAAACGGCCGGUCACGAUCUCCCUGACCCACAGAAUAUUGAUGACAUCGUCUCGAUGGCGCAGCAUGUACAGUCAUUAGGACCCAAAUGGGUGCUACUGAAAGGGGGCCAUUUGCCAUUGACCCAUGGCCGCGUAGUGAGCACGCACGAUAGCGAAAGGGAAGUUGUUCUGAAUAUCCUUGUGGGUGAGACGGGAGUUACGAUGCUAGAGAGCCCGUAUCUGCGGUCAAGGAACACACAUGGAACAGGAUGUUCGUUAGCAUCCGCUAUUGCGUGCAACCUGGCGGAGGGAAUGUCGAUGGUCAAGGCAGUAAAGAAGGCCAAUCUAUACGUUGAAGCAGGCAUCAAGACAGCUAUCGAUAUGGGAGGGGGCAGCGGCCCGAUCAACCAUUUCCAUUCGAUGUACAUGCUGCCUUUCACACCAGGCAACUUUAUUAGCUAUCUGCUCGACCGAGAAGACGUGCAGAAACCGUGGAAGGAGUAUACCCAACACGAGUUCGUGCAGAGUAUGGGCGCUGGGACUCUGCCAGUGGAGAAGUUCAUGUACUAUCUUGUGCAGGACUACCUUUUCUUAGUCCAAUUUGCAAGAGCGAAUGCGCUGUCUGCAUACAAAUCUAGCAAUCUGAAAGACAUUGGGUACUCCGUGCAACAAGUCGUCACCCUCCAGGAAGAGAUCAAGCUGCACAUCGACUUUUGUAAAGAAUACGGACUAUCGGAAGCCGAUAUCAUCGAAGAAGAGGAGGACCAAGCGACCACGGCAUACACCCGUUAUGUGCUCGACAUCGGCAUGUCGCAAGACUAUCUUGCUCUGCAGAUUGCGCUUCUACCCUGUCUCGUCGGAUACGGCAUCAUUGCCAAACGUCUCUACGAAGACCCCAGCACCGUGAGGGUGGGAAGCAAGUACUGGAAGUGGAUUGAGCAGUAUGUGGCAGGAGAGUAUAGGGAAGCGAUGAUAAGGGGUAGUGAGUUGGUAGAGAAGCAUGCCGAGGGACUGAGUCCGAGUCGGGUGGAAGAGCUGGCGAAAAUCUUCAUACACGCUACGAAUAUGGAGAGAGGGUUUUGGGACAUGGGACUCAGAGCUGGUGAUGGGCUAAGACUUCGAAACACGCUCCCUUACUCGAUCGGUUCCCCCUUGACGCCAGUCUCUACAACACACACUCACAUCAUGUCUUACGGAGGCGGUUACGGCGGUGGCGGCGGUGGAUAUGGCGGCGGCGGUCGCGGUGGUGACCGUGGCUACUCGAACGGGUACGAAAACAGCAAUGCUGGAUAUGGGUCUUACAACAACUCGACAAGCCAUUAUGCAUCGUACGGUGGCGGCGGCGGCUACGGCGGCGGUGGUGGUGGCUACGGCGGAGGAGGUGGUGGUUAUGGCGGCGGCGGCGGCGGCUUUGGCGGUGGUCGCGACGGCGGCGACCGCAUGUCGCAACUCGGCCAGGGCCUGAAGCAGCAAUCAUGGGAUCUCGACACGAUGCCCAAGUUCGAGAAGUCUUUCUACAAGGAGGAUCCCGCUGUUACUGCCCGUUCAGCAGCUGAGGUUGCCGAAUACCGCAAGGAGCACCAGAUGACCGUCAAGGGCGAGAACAUCCCCAAGCCCGUCACAACCUUCGACGAGGCUGGCUUCCCAUCAUACGUGAUGAACGAGGUCAAGGCCCAGGGUUUCGCAAAGCCCACCGCUAUUCAGGCCCAGGGUUGGCCCAUGGCUCUUUCUGGUCGCGACGUUGUUGGUGUCGCCGAGACCGGUUCCGGAAAGACGUUGACCUACUGUCUUCCUGCGAUCGUCCACAUCAACGCUCAACCUCUCCUCGCCCCCGGCGAUGGCCCCAUCGUCCUCAUUCUCGCGCCCACUCGUGAGCUUGCUGUCCAGAUUCAGCAAGAGAUCAGCAAGUUCGGAAAGUCCUCGCGCAUCCGAAACACUUGCGUCUACGGAGGUGUUCCAAAGGGCCCUCAAAUCCGUGACCUUGCGCGCGGUGUUGAGGUGUGCAUUGCCACCCCUGGACGUCUCAUCGAUAUGCUCGAGGCUGGAAAGACCAACCUUCGCCGUGUUACCUACCUGGUUCUCGACGAGGCCGACCGCAUGCUUGACAUGGGUUUCGAGCCUCAAAUCCGCAAGAUCAUUGGACAGAUUCGCCCUGACCGUCAAACCUGCAUGUGGUCCGCUACAUGGCCCAAGGAAGUUCGCCAGCUUGCUGCCGACUACCAGAAGGACUGGAUCCAGGUCAACAUCGGCUCCAUGGAUCUCUCUGCCAACCACCGCAUUCAACAGAUCGUCGAGGUCUGCACAGAGUUCGAGAAGCGUGACCGCAUGGCCAAGCAUCUCGAGACCAUCAUGAGCGACAAGGACAAUAAGAUUCUUAUCUUCACAGGUACCAAGCGCGUUGCUGACGAGAUCACCCGAUUCCUUCGUCAGGACGGCUGGCCGGCGCUUUCUAUCCACGGCGACAAGCAGCAGAACGAGCGUGAUUGGGUCUUGAACGAAUUCAAGACGGGCAAGAGCCCCAUCAUGGUUGCCACCGACGUGGCUUCCCGUGGUAUCGAUGUCCGCAACAUUACUCACGUGUUCAACUAUGACUACCCGAACAACUCGGAGGACUAUGUCCACCGCAUUGGUCGUACUGGUCGUGCUGGCGCUAACGGUACUGCCAUCACCCUCUUCACCACAGACAACUCCAAGCAAGCUCGUGAUCUCGUCCAGAUUCUCACAGAGUCGAAGCAGCAGAUUGAUCCUCGUCUGCACGAGAUGGCCCGCUAUGGUGGCGGCGGUGGUGGUGGCGGUCGCUGGGGAGGUGGCCGCGGCCGUGGCGGAGGCCGUGGCGGACGUGGUGGCUGGACCGGAGGUAACAGCGAUCCCAUCCGCAACAGCCGCUGGUGA